AAAUCAUCACUGAUACUGCUUCUUUUUCUUUGUUAAUUUCAUUGCCAACAUAUGAAUGCAAUAUUUCAAAUAUCAUCGAAAAAGUCUAGUCUACCCAUGUGGGAAAAAGCAAUUUAGAGCGCUAUGUUUAUUGAUGCCACACCCCCCAAAGUUUCGACACACUUGCUGGCCCCAAGAAGUCUUCGAGUGGAAAAUUUAACUGAACUUGACAAGCUUUAUCUUCUUCUGGCUGAACACAACCUCAGAGAUAGUUUCAAUGUGUUGUGUUAUGACUUGAAAAUCCGUUCUAUAGCUGAUUUGAAUGGACUAGAUGAUGAAGCACUUAAGAGAUUUAGACUUCUUCCUAAAUUUGCUAAAGACCAGCUGAAACAACUUCCACAGCAAGUAGGGACAGCUGAUUUUGUUAAUUUGGCACUGACACAUGGAAAACUUCCCUACAAAGCUCAAUUGGAGUCCCAUGGAGUACCAUUUAUAUCUGUUGAUGAAAUUCAUGUUGUGAAGAAGAUUUCAUCAGGACCAGUAUCUGGAUCUGUUUUUGAAGCCAUCUGGACAAAACCAAAUGGAGAAAAGAUUAGAGUUUGUUUAAGGUAUGACCGAGCUCUGUCCCAAAGGAAACAUUUUCUCCAUGAGGCAGAAUUAUCAGCAUCACUGAAUCAUGAGAAUGUCCUUCAUCUUUAUGGAGUGAUUUUGCCUGGACUGUACACUAACUCCAUAGCUCUGGUGGUGGAUUUUGCCAUGUAUGGGAACAUCGUGGAAGCCAUGCCACGGCAGUCAGUGUACAGUCUGCUGCAGAUGAUUUCCCAGAUUGCGGCGGCCAUGGAAUACCUUGAAAGCACAGGUCUAUUUCAUACACUGAUAAUGGCUUCAUCUGUAUUUGUGGUCGCACCUGGCAAGAUCAAAUUGGGAGGGCUCUGGGGAUGUUUUCGAAGAGACAAGAAAGAUUCUUCUACAAAGAAAGGGGAGACAGUAAGCUUGUUUGCACUAAUUGCCAAAGAUCUGUUUCGUAAUCUGGCACACCAUCAGGAUUUACUAUCCUCGACAAGGGAAAAGCUUGUAAAUAAUGCCCUCAUACCAGAUGUGCUGAAGAAUUUAUUUGAACAAUGCAAUGCAAAAAACCCAAAGAGCAGACCUCUUAUGUCUGAUGUUGCAAAAACUCUUUCAACUUUUUCUCUUCCCAAGCUACUGGUCAAAGUAGAUUGUAAUCGUCAAGUGUCACAUCAACUCUGUUGCAAAAAAGGGGAAGUUAUUCUGCUGAUUUCAAAAGCAUUUCAAUUUCUAGAACAGAAAGUGGCCAGUUCCUCGAGCAAUGAGGCAUGGCUUUGUGAAAAAAGGAAUGGCUCAAUGGGUCUGCUUGAUCCUUCAAAUGCGGAAGAACUCCUCGGACAUGAAGAUAUCUGUUGGGAAACACUGAAACAAAAUGUUGAACAAGAGGCAACUCACACCUCAUCAGAAGCAAAACCUGACAAAGAUUCAGCUGUUCCUCCCGAGAUCCAAGCUCGCGGAAUCGAGGCGGAGCAUGCUUUUCAGCGAGCUCUUAAAAAGGGUAAGGUCCGGGUGUAUCGUGGGCGCGUCAUGCUGAUUGGCCAGAACAGAACCGGAAAGACAAGUUUGAAAAAGUCGCUUCUAGGUUUGAAGUUUGAUCCCGGCGAACAAAGUACUGAAGGAAUUGAAGUAGAUCCGUCUCGUUUCGAAUUGGACGUUGACCGCGUAAUGAACUGGCAGCUCGUAAAAAACGAGAAAUUUACGUGUGAGUUUGCGGAUGAUAUUGCAAGACUUGUCGUUGGCGAGUUGCGCUCAGGGGACGAGGAAAAGAAGCCAGAGGUCAACUCCUCGGAAGUUGACCCUGUGCAAACUGAUGUCACACAGGGGGUAUCAGCGCCACAGAGUAACCAGGUCGCAGUACCAGCAACAAGUUUUCCGGCACAGGACAUCCCCACAGACACUUCAAUGGAGCAUUCGUCUGCAGCCGACACCGACUUAGCUGAGUUAUUGCAAGAUGCAGAGCUAUUUCACAUCGAGGUUGACAGUUCGCGAACCGUGCCUGAAAAUGUUCAAUCUUUAGUCGCUAAAUACUUAGACAGUCAAGCAAGCUAUGAUCAACAGGAAAGCGACAGAGAAACAGUUGUCACAAUUUGGGACUUCGCGGGGCAACAUCUGUAUUACGCCUCGCACCCUGUGUUUCUCUCCCCACGGGCUGUUUACGUGCUGGUGUACAACUUGAGCAAGGAACUGAGCGCCAAUAUGGAGCCCUGUGUUCGUCAGGGCGUGCACGAUUUUAUUCCACAUUCCAGCGGAGAGGAAACCAACUUGGACAGCAUUCUAUCGUGGCUUGUUUCUAUACACAACCUUAGUGCAGAGGUUAGGGCUAAAGAGAAGGACCAGGAAGAGGAACAGCCGUAUUUGAGACCCCCGGUAAUCAUAGUAGGUACUCACGCUGACAACCCGUUCGAAGACCCUAAACGCAUGGAGACUCAAAUAAAGAAGAGCCUCUCUGGGAAGACCUACGAGCAGCACGUUCGCAGACCGUUUCACCGAGUGGAUAAUACGCGGUCUGGGGAAGACGAAGGUGUCCAGAAGGUUCGACAGGAGAUAAGAGAGGUCUUACGCUUAGAGCCGUACAUGGGAGAAGAUGUCCCCGUACGUUGGUUUAACUUCGAGAGGGUCGUUGAAGCGCUGGUGCAACAGAAAAUUUUCUACCUGAAGAUUUCUCAGCUCUACUUCAUCGUGAGUAAGACAUGCCUCAUCGAGGACGAGGCGGAGAUGGUAGCCAUGUUAGAUUUUUAUCACGACCUGGGUAUUAUCAUCUGGCAUGGUGACACUGUAGUCCUUCAAACACAAUGGCUGAUUCAUUUGUUCAGGAAGCUCAUCACUAUUCGACCUUUUGAUGAACAGAAUCCGCGUCAUGCAGCAGCGUGGAACGAACUUGAAGAAACUGGCCUUCUGAGUAUGUGCUUAGUUGAUCACGUGUUUGCCGAAUUCCUGUGCGAUGGCCAAUCACAGAGCGACAUUCUCUCCAUGAUGGAAAUGUAUGGUCUGAUUGCAAGGUUCACGCCUAAAAGUGAAGAUGGAGAAGAUUCGCCGGCUGUGAAGUAUUUUGUCCCGGCACAGCUCUGUUCGUGUCCAGAGACAGAACUGGACACGACAGAGAGCGAAAUUUGUCCUCUGUACAUCAACUUUCCUGAUGGCUUUCUCCCACACGGUUUGUUUCCGCAGCUCGUUUCUCGGUUCAUCUCGGUUUGUCCCGAGUUGGGCUGCACAGACGAACCAAACCUAUUUCAAAACCUUGCUAGGUUUAUUCUGGGCGAGGAUGAUUUAUUUCUUAUUGGCAAACAGUCGUUUGUGAAAGUGAUUCUCCAGACAAAGAACUCGAAUGACGAAGGAGGUGGCAAAGCCGGUUUGGUCCGCGAGCGCCUGGAUUCGAUUCUGAGUAGUCUAUCAAGUGACUUUGCAUGUCUUCGUAACAUGCGUUAUGAAUUCUCUGUAGCUUGUCCUUCGUGUUGCAACAAAGCCUGCACAAAACACAAGACCAAGUCAUGUACCGAAAGCGCCUGCAUUCAUUUCAUUCCGAUUUCAAACGACGGAAAAUUAAUUUGCACGAAGACGUUCGGUGCCCGUUCACGACUGGAGAUUCCUGGUUUACAGAAAUGGUGUGGUUGUGUCAAAAAGAGUGACGAGGUGAGUCCUCCAGAUGCACCUCGAAUUAAAACUUUCGAAGACGACAUUGAUAGCCCUUCAGAGAUCGCGGUCCGCCCUGCAGUGUUUAUCUCAUAUCAGUGGGGUCUCCAGGACACUGUGAAAGUAUUGAGGAACAAGCUGGAGGAGGCUGGGUUCGAUUGCUGGAUGGAUAUUGGUCAGAUGGGUGGAGGAGACGCCUUGUAUGCCGAGAUAGACGCAGGAAUCAGAGCGUCAAAGGUCGUGAUAUGUUGUGUUACAAAGCGUUACUGCAUGUCCGAAAUGUGCCAAAGAGAAGUCACUCUGGCUGAUACUCUACGAAAGCCUAUCAUCCCAGUGCUGUUUGAGUUCAUUGAUUGGCCGCCUCCCGGCCAACUGGCUUUGAUUUUUGCCAAGCUGCUUUACAUCGACAUGUCUCAACUUCCUUCCGACAGUUUUCCUGAGGACAAGUUACAGGAACUUUUUCAAAAAGUUAAAGGCCACGUCGAACGUUGAAUUGAAUUGGCGGGGCUCUGAGAACAGAUGUCGCUCUCGAUAGUCCCCUUCUCGUUUUUUUUUUUUUUGUUUUUUUUUGCUCGCUCACCGCGCCAUUUCGCUUGCCCGGCAAGCAUAGUGCGUGGAACAGGCGACAAAAUAUAAAAAUUAUUGAUUCUGAUAAAAUCAAAAAGGAACCUUGUGUUAAAUAAAAGACCAGAACGGCACAAAGUAAAGGACGAAUCAGAACAACAAAUCGUACUUUUUCAUUUUUAUUCAAGACUUCUGUACAGUUCCUAUGUUUAAUAAAAUACGCUGUUUUAAUGA